AUGAUUGGAAACCCCAAAUAUAAGGCUCAGAAGGAAGUAAAAACUUCAUUAAAAAUGGGUAAAAAAAGCUACAUUCAAAGAGCAAUAUGUAGCUUGUUUCUUAUGGCAUCAAUUACAAUGAACCAUUCUGCUGUCAUUGAUAUAAAAGCUAAAGGUGCAAAGGCUGAUGGUAAAACUGAUGAUGGCCCGGUGUUAAUGGCCGCUUGGAAAGAAGCAUGUAAUGGGCCACCACCAAGCUCGCUGGUUAUUCCAGCCGGGACAUAUCUAGUACUUCCUCCAAUUAUGUUAGCUGGUCCUUGCAAGGGUCCGAUUGAGAUCAAGGCUACCGGAGCCACUAUAAAGGCUCCUCCCGAACUUGCAAAGUUCAAAGAAAAUAGGUGGAUCACGAUCAGGGACGUUGAUAAAUUAACAUGGACUGGUGGUAACCUUGACGGUCAAGGGCAAGCUGUAUGGAAAGGUAACCAAUGCGCUAAGACUGCAUCAUGCGCUCUGCCACCCAAUAUUGGGUUUACCAGAAUCAAUAAUUCAUUAGUAAAAGAUUUAACAUCUACAAAUAGCAAAUUUUUUCACAUUAAUAUAUUGGGUUGUGACAACACCAAUUUUGACCACAUUACUGUUAAUGCACCCGGAGACAGUGUUAACACAGAUGGAAUUCAUAUCGGGCGGUUAAACAACCUCAACAUCACAAACUCAGUUAUAAAAACUGGUGAUGAUUGUAUUUCCUUUGGAGACGGUAGCAAGAACGUCCGUGUAGAAAAGGUGACAUGUGGACCAGGACAUGGCAUCAGUAUUGGAAGCUUGGGUAGGUAUAAAGAUGAAUUACCUGUACAAGGAAUUUGGGUCAAGAAUUGUACCAUCAUUGGAACCCAAAAUGGAGUUAGGAUCAAAAGUUGGCCUAAUGGUACUCCUGGAACCGCGAGUGAUAUGCAUUUUGAAGACAUCAUCAUGGACAAAGUGAUGAAUCCUGUUAUAAUCGAUCAUCAAUAUUGCCCCAGUGGACACUGUGACAAAGGUCCAACAAAAGUGAAGAUGUCCAACAUAAGCUUUAGGAAGAUCAAGGGAACAUCGGCAACAAAAGUAGCAGUGAAGCUUAUUUGCAGCCAAGGAUUUUGUGACAACGUGGAGGUCGGAGAUAUCAACUUGGUAUUUCAAGGAGCCGGAGGAGGAGCCACCUCCGAAUGUACAAACGUUAAACCCAAAGUCGUCGGCCAAGUUGUCCCUCCAGUUUGUACAAGUGCGCCCAAAUCUAAAAUAUGACUAGUAUGAUCUUCAGCACUCAUAUAUUAUUGUCCAGGCACGAAAAUGCGACAACA